GGCAGGGCAAAAGAGCCCAUGGGAACCUUGGGCAACGGGAAACGGGCCAUGCGCGAUUUGAACUCUUUUCUUUCUUUUUAGUUUUUUUUCUUUUACACUCUUGACAUCUUUUACAUCACUCUCCUCCUCUCCAUCUCGUGUGCGGUCUGCGGUUUAAUUCCUUUUCUUCCUCUUUGUCCUAUCCUCAAGAAAUCUCUCCUCUCCAUCCGCAACCGUCAUCAUGUUGUCGCGAGGAUCUGUUCGAUCGGCCCAGCUGCUGCGCGGCGUGGCCCAGCAACCCCAGCUCGCCCGAUCCUUCGCCACCGUCCAGUCCGACAUCUUCAAGCCCGCCAAGUUCGGCGGCAAGUACACCGUCACCCUCAUCCCCGGUGACGGUAUCGGUACCGAGGUUGCCGAGUCUGUCAAGACCGUCUUCAAGGCCGACAACGUGCCCGUCGAGUGGGAGCAGGUCGAGGUUUCUGGCCUCGAGGGCGCCGGCCGCACCGAGGAUGCCUUCCGCGAGUCGGUCGCCUCGCUCAAGCGCAACAAGCUCGGCCUCAAGGGAAUCCUUCACACCCCCAUCAGCCGAUCCGGACACCAGAGCUUCAACGUCGCCAUGCGACAGGAGCUUGACAUUUACGCCAGCAUCAGCUUGAUCAAGAACAUCCCUGGCUACGAGACCCGCCACAAGGACGUCGACCUGUGCAUCAUCCGCGAGAACACCGAGGGAGAGUACUCUGGCCUCGAGCACCAGAGUGUUCCCGGCGUCGUCGAGUCGCUCAAGAUCAUCACCCGCGCAAAGUCUGAGCGCAUCGCCAAGUUUGCUUUCAGCUUUGCUCUCGCCAACGGCCGCUCCAAGGUCACCUGCAUCCACAAGGCCAACAUCAUGAAGCUGGCCGACGGUCUUUUCCGCAGCACCUUCCACCAGGUCGCCAAGGAUUACCCCACCCUCGAGGUCAACGACAUGAUUGUCGACAACGCCUCCAUGCAGGCUGUUUCCCGACCCCAGCAGUUCGACGUCAUGGUCAUGCCCAACCUUUACGGUGGUAUCCUGUCCAACAUUGGCGCUGCUCUUGUCGGUGGUCCCGGUAUCGUCCCCGGCUGCAACAUGGGCCGUGAGGUCGCCGUCUUUGAGCCCGGUUGCCGUCACGUCGGUCUCGACAUCAAGGGCAAGGACCAGGCCAACCCUACCGCUAUGCUUCUCUCCGGCAGCAUGCUGCUGCGACACCUCGGUCUCGAUGAGCAUGCUAACCGCAUCUCCAAGGCCACCUACGCCGUCAUUGCUGAGGGCAAGGUCCGCACCCCCGAUAUGGGCGGCUCCUCCACCACCCACGAGUUCACCAAGGCCAUCCUCGACAAGCUCGAGACUGUUUAAAUCGAGCAACUUUUUGUGAUAUCCCCGGCCUAAACAACCUACCCUAAACCAACCAAACCGACGCAAUGUUUCCCUUUUUUUAAACUGCAUUUUUUCGUUAUUACCCCGUCCGUCGCGGGGGGCAAGUAACCCAAACACACACUCGAUCGAAUAUUAGACCUAGGAACGACCCGAGGGGAAAGGGCUCUGGCGGCAUUUAGGCGUUCCGAGAGAGAAAAGGGGGUGUUUCUGGGGGAGCGACGCAGAGGAAGAAGAGGAGAUGAUCGCUGAAAGAGCGAGCGUGAAGAGGGGGAGGUUGUACGUGUAACAUGACCUUGAUAGCAGUGGAAUUGAUGCAUAAAUCA